AUGCACGAGGUGGCCGACUCGGCGCUCAUCUCGCUCGUUCUUUCAACAAUACAAGAUCACAAGCAAAAUGUCGUUUACUCGAAAUUUAUAUAUUUACAAGCGGCGUUAGCUCGAGAUUUCGUUUGUGUUCCCGGUGAGGAGUUUCUCUCGUUUUCAGCCGCUCUCAAACAGCUCACUCAAUCAAAGAUUCUGGAAGUUUUCGAGGACGAACUCAGAAUCCUUGAUUUGGAAGCUGUCAAUUACUUGGGCGGUCUUAUCAAACCCUCAUUAGCUGCCUUCAACAUCGUAUUGAGCGUUUUGCAAGAGUGCGGUGAUCGCUAUGUGACAUUGGCACAGAUCGUGACACUCACACAAUUAAAAGCGGCCACAUUGUGGUCAAAAAGGAUCCCAUCGAUUAGAGCCUCUUUUCUCUCGACGGAUCCAAUAAAAAACGCUUUCUUCACCCUUGAAGACUACAAGAUUUUGAUAAAAAAGGCUAAAAACUACGAGGUGAUCUACCAAGAGCUGGACAAAGUCGUUCACGAAUUCGCCGCUUAUUUGAAAACCCCAAGUGCAAGAAGAAAUAGACUU